AUCGGACAGAAGUUGAAAGCUUUACUUCUUCACUUUUACGGUUGCUCACCGUCGUGACAUCUCCACUCUUUUCCUUUCAAAAUCCAAAAUCACGAUUUGAUUUUCUCUCGCCUCCGACGAACAAGUUUAAGAUGAGCGUAGCAAGUGAUUCUCCAGUUCAUUCAUCAAGUAGUAGUGACGAUCUUGCUGCAUUCCUUGAUGCUGAAUUAGACUCUGCAUCAGAUGCUUCGUCUGGACCCAGCGAAGAAGAAGAAGCUGAGGAUGAUGUAGAAUCUGGGUUAAAGAGACAAAAGUUGGAGCAUUUAGAGGAAGCAUCCUCAAGCAAAGGCGAAUGCGAGCAUCCAGGAUCAUUUGGGAAUAUGUGCUUUGUAUGUGGACAAAAACUGGAAGAAACUGGUGUUUCAUUUAGAUACAUACACAAGGAAAUGAGGCUCAAUGAAGAUGAAAUCUCCCGGUUGCGUGAUUCAGAUUCGAGAUUCUUGCAACGCCAGCGGAAGUUGUAUUUAGUUCUCGAUCUAGACCACACACUGCUAAAUACAACCAUACUGAGGGACCUAAAACCAGAGGAGGAAUACUUGAAAAGUCAUACUCAUUCUCUUCAAGAUGGUUGCAAUGUUUCCGGAGGCAGUCUUUUCCUACUGGAAUUUAUGCAAAUGAUGACCAAACUGAGGCCGUUUGUUCACUCAUUUCUAAAAGAAGCUAGUGAGAUGUUUGUGAUGUACAUAUACACAAUGGGAGAUAGGAAUUAUGCACGACAGAUGGCCAAGCUGCUGGACCCCAAAGGAGAGUACUUUGGUGAUCGGGUCAUUUCUCGGGAUGACGGCACAGUGAGACAUGAAAAGAGUCUAGAUGUGGUGCUUGGACAAGAAAGUGCUGUUCUGAUUCUUGACGAUACAGAGAAUGCGUGGCCAAAGCACAAGGACAAUUUGAUUGUGAUAGAGAGAUAUCACUUUUUUUCUUCGAGCUGCAGGCAGUUUGAUCACAGAUACAAGUCUCUAUCGGAGUUGAAGAGUGAUGAGAGUGAACCAGAUGGGGCACUUGCAACUGUCCUGAAAGUCCUAAAACAAGCGCAUGCUCUAUUCUUUGAGAAUGUGGAUGAAGGCAUAUCAAACAGAGAUGUUAGGUUAAUGCUGAAACAAGUGCGUAAAGAGAUACUUAAAGGAUGUAAAAUAGUGUUCAGUCGGGUGUUCCCAACCAAGGCAAAGCCAGAAGAUCACCCCCUGUGGAAAAUGGCUGAGGAACUGGGAGCCACCUGCGCAACGGAAGUGGAUGCAUCAGUGACACACGUUGUGGCAAUGGAUGUGGGAACAGAGAAGGCUCGUUGGGCCGUUAGAGAGAAGAAGUAUGUGGUUCAUAGAGGAUGGAUAGAUGCAGCUAAUUACCUUUGGAUGAAACAGCCAGAAGAGAACUUCGGUUUAGAGCAGCUCAAGAAGCAAUUGACCGAAGAAGAGUGAUUUAUGUAACAACAAUGAGAAAGAAGAGAUAGCUUUUUUUUGUUGGAUAUUAAUUAUGAAUCUAUGUCUAAAGUAAAGUUUUGUAAUGUACAUUACAUUGUAUCUCUGAUAUUUAAACAAGGUACUAAUUUUUGGUUGAUCUCCUUAAUUAUUUUGUUUCGUCUAUGCUUAUUUGCGAAGGUCUGUAAUCUACCGACAACUUUUUUGGGCCG